GUGGGACUUUUAUUAUGAAACUUCGCAUUUCUUCCUGUCACUUCCUGCUGUAUGUAAGAACUGAAGGCGCGCGAACAGUUGUGUGAUUUUUAACUGCUGCAGCGUUUAUUCUGCGUUCAUGUCAUCAGAAGACGAAUCAUGUGUUCUCUGAGUCUGUUCCCAUCACCGUCCGCUUCUGGUGUCACUCUGUACGAGCACAACAACGAGCUGCUGCAGGGACACAAUAAACAGGAGUUUGAUCUACCCAGUCCUCAGUUCAGCAGAGAUGUUGUGAAGGGUCACAGCCGUCCGGAGAACAGCAGUAAAUCAGCUUUCCUGGACCAGAGAGACACACUGUGGAUGCGGAGCGCUGGAGCCUGGCGGGAUGCUGGACUUCAUGGCCUUCUGGAUGAAAUCACUAAUAGCGCUGAGGAAGUGCCCAGGUGGUUAGCUGUGAGCUCAGGCUGCCUGCUGGCUCUUCUGCGAUGGGCGUCUUCAUUUCACGGCUCACUCUUUCCACAUCUCACUCUGAGUGGGGAUGAGAUGGUGGCUGAGUUUUCUCAAAUGUUGGAUUGGUCUGACAGCGCUGUAAGAAGCUUCGCUUGGCAUCCUCACACAGACAAGUUUGCUGUGGCUCUACAGGAUGACUCCAUCAAAAUCUACAAAUCUCACAGUUCGACAAGUCCGACACUAAAGCAUCGUCUUCAGAGGUCAGUGUGUGAUCUGGAGUGGAAACCCCUAUGUGGAUCUGUGUUGGCUGUGGCCUGUCAGAGCUCUUUACUCAUAUGGCACGUGGACCCUACAUCUCUCUCCACCAGGCCGUCGUCUGGCUGUGCGCAGGUUUUGUCUCAUCCGGGUCAUUCUCCCAUCACGUCCAUCUCUUGGUCACCCACUGGCUCUCUGCUGGUAUCUGCAUCUCCAGUCGAUACAGCCAUGAUGGUGUGGGAUGUGGCCGCAGAAGCCUGUGUACCUUUACAGCGGGUAGGUGGAGGUGGUGUUACGUACCUGUCCUGGUCACCUGAUGGCAGUCGAUUGCUGGCCGCCACACCGUCAGCUCUCUUCAGGGUGUGGGAGACGCGGAUGUGGACGUGUGAAAGGUGGCCGUGUGUUAAAGGCAGCUGUCAGUCGGGCUGCUGGAGUCCAGAUGGCAGCUGUUUGUUGUUCAGUAUUCAGGGCGAGAGUCUCAUCUAUGCUCUUACGUUCUCUGAUCUCACAGGAGGUCCUAAAGCUGCCACAGUAGUGGCUGAUCUGUCAGAGACAAGCUUCCCUGGACCUGAUGGAGACCUCACGGUUGGGGGAGAGGUGCGCUCACUUGCAUGGGAUCCCAGGGGUGAAAGAAUGGCUGUGCUUUUGAAAGGUGAUUCUCAGGCCAUCGGUCAUCCAUCUGUCAUUGCUGUGUUUAAGACACGCUCCAGUCCUGUUUUUGAACUGCUGCCAUGUGGUUUUGUGAUGGGAGAAGAUGGAGCAGAACCUAGAUUCAUGCAGUUUCAUCCACAUUUCCAGCAUGGGGCACUUCUCACUGUGUGCUGGUCUGAUGGACGCAUCUCUCACGUGCCCUUCUACUUCAGCAGCGUUGGACCUUCAGGAGGAACCUUGCAGCAGCCGAGCACAGAUUACUGCACAAACAAACUUUACACUGACCACUUAUCCUGAACACAGCCUUGAUCCAAUCAAUUUACCUGUAAACUUAUGUCUUCAAAACUUUACAAUCAAAAUAAACACAUUGUAACUGCA